UGAGCGGUCCAUUCUGCAAAAAGCUCGCCAGCCCGAAGUAUGAUCUCAGGCGAGAUAAUCUCCGACGCCAAGCUACUAGAGGAAGUGUCCACCUUCUUGAGCGAGACUAAUCUGGUCUUGGCACGAACACCGCGGGAUGGUGAUGCCUCCGAUACAGGUCUUUCUGAAUCUUGGUUUUCCGUGGGUGGUAAUAGUGCCGAGAUCGACGUCAGCACAAGGGAUGACGCAGUCGGUCGUAACCGGAAAAUGAGUCAGAAGAAGGAGGCACUUCGAAAGCAGCGAUACCAACGACGGCUCAGACAAGAACGAGAGACUUUGAGACGAAUGGAGAAGAGACUCACGGCCCGACUGUUGCAAGUGAAAGAGGCAUACGAAGCUAGCAAUUAUUCACUUGGUGGCAAAGAUGGCCAUAUCAACUGGCUUUUGAGAGAUUUUGCCAAGCAGAAACGUGCAGAGCGAUUUCGAGCGGAAGAAGAGCAAAAACAACUAGUUGAGACCAUCACUUCACAAGCAGCUUACUUGGCGACUCUGAGAGAUAUGGUAUCUGAUCAAGAUGCAAGUACAACGCCAUCUUGCGGAGGAGAUGAGCAGGCUGUUCAAGCCUCCUUCACGUUCGAGAUUGCCUUGUGAAAAAUUUCAGUAUAACAGCAAUUAAUACAUUGUGAUAGGUAUUCUUUCG